GAUCGAUGCAAUCGAUAGAUAUCAAUCGCUUGUUUUCUCGGCAGAAUUACGCGAAUUCUGCCUGGUGCUUGGAGGAAAUCUCGAAGAUCAUCGAGUGCAGGGAAAGAUUCGGUCAGGUGGUGUUGCCGAUCUUCUACAAAGUUCGGAAAUCUCAUGUGGAGAAUCAGACGGGGGAUUUCGGAGCACCGUUUGAGAGUGUCCAUGAGAGUUUUCCAGGAUUUCAGCACAGAUUUCCGGCGUGGAAGGAGGCUUUGAAUACUGCUUCCAAUAUUGCCGGCUAUGUUCUGCCGGAGAACAGUCACGAGUGUGACUUUGUAGACAAAAUAGCCAAGGAAACUUUUAAGACGCUGAACAAGUUGUCUCCCAGUGAAAUCCGUGGUCUUCCUGGGGCUGAAUUGCGCAUGCAGGAACUGGAAAAGUUAUUGGAUCUUAAAAGGAAAAGUUGUGUGAUAGUUGUUGGUGUUCUUGGUAUGGCAGGUAUCCGUAAAACAACUGUUGCAGAUUGCGUAUAUAAACGAAAUUACAGCCGAUUUGAUGGCUACUGCUUUCUCGCAAACAUUAACAAUGAAGAGAGACUACAUGGAUUAAAUCAUUUGCAGCAGAAACUCCUCCGAAAAUUAUUGGAUGAAGAGAAUCUAGAUGUUGGAGCUCCUGAAGGGGCACAUGAAGCUUUGAAGGAUCGUCUUCAGAACAAGAGACUGUUUAUUGUUCUUGACGAUGUGACAAAUGAAGAUCAAAUAAGAAUCCUUAUCGGACAAUGGAAACAAAAGUUGUAUCGAGAAGGAAGUCGGAUUGUGAUAACAACCAGAGACAAGAAACUACUGGAGAAGGUCGUUGAUGCAACAUAUGUGGUUCCGAGAUUACGUGAUAGGGAAGCACUGGAGCUUUUCUGCUUGAAUGCAUUUUCUUGUAACCUCUCUCCCAACACAGAAUUCAUGGCGUCUAUCAGACCAAGUUUGUCGAUUAUGCUUAAAGGGCAUCCCGUAACUCUGAAGUUGUUAGGUUCUGAUCGAUCAAGGGACAAACUUUACUGGCAGAGAAAGUUGGAGAGAUUGGAGAAAAGGCCAGACGGUAAGAUUCAGGAGGUGCUGAAAAUGAGUUAUAUGGAACUGUGUCCGGAGCAGAAGAGCAUCUUUCUCGAUAUUGCGUGUUUCUUCAAGUCAGGAAAAACAGAUUUCGUUUCGAGGAUUCUGAAUACUGACCAUAUUGAUGCUACAACUCUGAUUGAUGAUCUUGUUGAUAAGUGUUUGGUAACCAUUUAUGAUAACCGGCUUGAGAUGCAUGACCUUCUGCUGACAAUGGGGAAGGAGAUAGGUUAUGAAUCAUCCAUCAAAGAGGCAGGUAACCAGGGUCGAUUAUGGAACCAAGACGAUAUAUGCCGUUUGCUGAAGUAUAAAACGGGAACUGCAGAAACUAGAGGCAUCUUCCUGGAUAUGUCAAAUUUAGAAAACAUGAAGCUAAGUCCUGAUGUAUUCACAAAGAUGUGGAAUCUCAAGUUCCUCAAAUUCUUUCAUUGUUCUCAAUGGUGUGAGAAUGACUGUAAAUUUUGCUUCCCGUGUGGUCUUGAUUGCUUUCCAGAUGAGCUGGUGUACCUCCAUUGGCAGGGAUACCCUUUGGAGUACCUGCCAUCAAACUUCAACCCAAAGAAACUUGUUGAUCUCAAUCUGCGUCAUAGCCAUCUUAAAACACUUUGGGAAGAAGAAAAGAAUACAGCAGAGUUAAGGUGGCUUGAUAUCAGUCAUUCAAAAGACUUGCUGAGUUUAUCAGGCUUGUUGGAUGCUCGAAAUAUUGAAAGACUGAACGCUGAAUGCUGUACAAGUUUGAUCAAGUGUUCAUCAAUCCGUCAGAUGGACAGUCUUGUUUACUUGAACUUCAGAGAGUGCACAAGCCUUAAGAGUCUUCCGAAGGGGAUCAGUCUUAAAUCGUUGAAAUCUCUAAUCCUCAGUGGUUGCUCAAAGCUAAGAACAUUUCCAACAAUUUCAGAAAACAUAGAAUCUCUAUAUUUGGAUGGGACUGCAAUUAAAAGAGUUCCUGAAUCCAUAGAUAGCCUUCGAUACCUAGCUGUGUUGAAUUUAAAGAAGUGUUGUAAGUUGAGGCAUCUUCCCAGCAAUCUUUGCAAGAUGAAAUCUCUUCAAGAACUAAUACUUUCUGGCUGUUCAAAACUGAAGUGUUUCCCAGAAAUUGAUGAGGACAUGGAACACUUAGAGAUUUUGCUUAUGGACGAUACGGCCAUCAAACAGAUACCUAUAAAAAUGUGUAUGAGUAAUCUCAAGAUGUUUACGUUUGGUGGAUCUAAAUUCCAGGGUUCAACAGGUUAUGAGUUGCUUCCUUUCUCAGGCUGCUCUCACUUAUCAGACCUCUAUCUCACAGAUUGCAAUCUCCACAAGUUGCCCAACAACUUCAGUUGCUUGUCAUCGGUACAUAGCUUAUGCUUAAGCAGAAACAAUUUAGAAUACCUACCCGAAAGCAUCAAGAUACUUCAUCAUCUUAAAUCACUUGACUUGAAGCACUGCAGAAAGCUCAACUCACUACCAGUGCUUCCCUCAAAUCUGCAGUACUUGGAUGCUCAUGACUGUGCUUCUCUAGAAACAGUUGCAAAUCCCAUGACACAUCUUGUGCUAGCUGAAAGAGUUCAAUCUACUUUUUUAUUCACUGAUUGCUUCAAGCUUAACCGAGAAGCACAAGAAAAUAUUGUGGCCCAUGCCCAACUUAAGAGUCAAAUACUGGCGAAUGCGUGUCUUAAACGAAAUCAUAAGGGACUAGUUCUUGAACCUUUAGCUAGUGUCAGUUUUCCUGGAAGCGACUUACCUUUAUGGUUCCGCAAUCAGAGAAUGGGCACUUCCAUAGAUACACACUUGCCUCCACACUGGUGCGACAGUAAAUUUAGGGGGCUCUCCUUAUGUGUGGUUGUCUCUUUCAAAGACUAUGAAGAUCAAACCAGCCGUUUCUCUGUAAUUUGCAAGUGCAAGUUCAAGAGCGAGAGUGGUGAUUGCAUCAGGUUUAUUUGCACUCUUGGGGGAUGGAAUAAGCUGUGUGGAUCAUCUGGACAUCAAUCACGGAAACUUGGGUCUGACCAUGUGUUCCUCAGUUACAAUAACUGUUUCCAUGUCAAGAAAUUUCGUGAAGACGGUAAUGACAACAAUCGAUGUUGCAACACUGCAGCCUCUUUCAAAUUCUUUGUUACUGAUGACAGCAAGAGGAAGCUAGGAAGCUUUGAGGUGGUGAAAUGUGGAAUGGGCUUGCUAUAUGCUCCGGAUGAGUCUGAUUAUAGACUCCAGGAAACACUGGAGAAUAACCUCAAGGAAGUGACAUCUAUACACGAAGCAGAUCGACAUGAAAAUGGUUCGGGUGAAGCUGUUCUGCUCAAGAGGAGGAAUUCUUUUUUAAAAGAUGAAGAGGUAAAGAAUGGAAAAAGAAUAAAGGAAGUAAACAUCUUGUACUCAUGAGUGUUUAUGCUUUUUGUUAAAAGCACAUGGUUGCUUACCAAGGCUGGAUUCAGAGUAAGGUCAAUCAUGUUUCACAUUGCAACAAUUCAAAAGGUGAACUUAGAAGAGAAAUUAACGCCGAGAAUGACACUUUGUUUUAGAAGGUUAGCUGCAGAAAAUUGAUGCAAAUGUCAGAGAAAUUUUCCAAAGCACUGUUGAGUUAGCCAUCUCUUUUUUAUUCUGAAGUAUUAUUGGCAGGGACACUAGGAUCUCUGCAGAGUAUACUCUGUUUAGCAACACCAAGUCAAUCUCAAAACAUUAUCCGAAACUUCUUGAGCAUUUAUUCAGUUAUAAAGAUACUGUCUUGGGUUGUUCAGAA